GCGAGAAUUUUUUAGGCCUAAAUUUUUUGGUGGUUUGAAUUUUAUUUCUUCAUUGACCCUCCUCAUGGAUGACGAUGAUGUGCAGUUCAACGAUAGGGGACGAACACGGUUGGAACCUAUGACCGUGCGAGAUGAUGACCCGCUUUGGUCACACGGUACGAGCCGAAGACAAGCAAUGACCCAGCGAAUAAAUCGGCUUGUUCACUUAUUGCAAGAUCGUCAACGAUUAAGCAUGUUGGCUCACAAAUAUCGGUGGUUGCUCGCAGCCGGAGUGUUUUCAUUUGUGAUGGGUUUAUUUAUGUAUGCAUACCGUCGAGAACUUUUGGAAGCGCUAGAAAAUCUUAGUGCGGCGGUCAAGAGUAUGGGAGCCGGUGGUUACUGUUUAAUAGGCACGCUUAUCUUCCUGAGCGCAUUUCCUCCAAUGAUUGGUUACAGCACAUUUCAAACGUUAUCCGGGUUCACCUUUGGAUUCCAGUACGGAUUUCCGUUAUCUUAUUUUAGCGCAUUAUGUGGCGCGGUUGGCUGUUUCAUGCUGUCCCGGCAUUUACUCAAAGAACGUGUCCAGCGAUGGAUGAAGAAACACAAUAAUUUGGAAGCCGUUGUCAGGGCAGUCGAGAAAAAGGGGUUCAAGCUCUUUUUGCUGAUCCGGCUUUCCCCAUAUCCUUUCGGCUUACUGAAUGUUCUAUUUGCGGCGAUCGAUAUUUCCCUGUAUCAUUUUGCCUUGGGUACGGCAUUAUCGCUCACCAAGAUUGCAUUGCAUGUUUACAUCGGGGCCAACCUCACCUCGUUUGCCAAACGUGUUCUCGGCGAGGAAGAUGAGAUGACGGAUGAGGAGAAGCAUUUGGAGACAGUCCGAUAUAUCAUUGUUAUUAUUGGCUCGCUUCUCGCUUUUGUUAUUAUGAUUUAUGUUUAUACCAUUGCCAAACGCGCAGUUGACGAAGCCAAUCACUUGGAUAACGAUGAAUCCGUGGCAUUCUUGGGACCCGAUGCCGACGACGAAGAAUGGAUUGAAUGGAACGAUGAUGAAGAAGAAGACGAAGAUACCGAUCGUGACAGUGAUGGUGGCAAUGAUAAGCACGCGACUCGCGGAUUUAGCAAAUGAAAAAAAAAGCCUAAGGCGUUAUCCUGUAAAAAGAAAUUAUUAUUGUACGACCCCAUUACAUCUGUCAUCCACAUUAAAAAAGUAAAGAAACAAAAAUUCCAUCCACGCUUACCAUUUCCAUCGUGG